AUGAGCAACUUUGCUCAAUGCAGCUGGCCGAUAUGGGAUAUCGAUGAUCUCACACCGUGCUUCCAGCAAGAUUAUCUCAAGAUCCUUUUCCCUCUAAUCGUUAUAGGAUUCUCCAUCCUCCACCUUGGCCUGCAAGCCAUCCGAACCGCCGCCAAGAGCCGCAAGCAUGGCUAUGAGCAAGUUCCCGAAGAUCACCACCACGGACACACCGACAUCCCUCCCGAGGAGACCGCCGACGAAGAUGAAGACGACGAGGCUUUGACCAUGAAUGGUGGCGGUCGACUGGCCCUGGUCAAGACUACAACCAAGGGUUCUAUCGUCCAGGCUGAUAGCCCUCCCGCCCAAAACUUGACCAUUGUUGUCGAGGAGAUCGGAAUUGCUGGUCUGAUUGCGCUUCAUGUUAUCGCCUUGGUUACCGGCACCGUCCCUGGUCACCACGGCCUGCUGGUCACCAUAGUUGGCCUCGUCACCUGGGUCUACGUUGCCAUUCUCGUCACUCUGCGUCUCUUCCUCGGAAACACAAAGUGGCGCGUUCCUCGCAUCUGGAACCACACGGCCGUCAUCUACCUCUUUCAGUGGCUCUUCACAGUUGCCAUCUUCCGCUCCGUUAUUAUCCACCCAAGCAGCCGCCUUUCGCAAAUCCUUACCAUUGUCGAGUUCGCCCUUACCACUCUGCUUUUCGGCCUUGCCAUCACGACCAGAAAGGGAAACAAGACGGUGCUGUUGGAGUGGGAAGAUGGAAUCGAGCCGUCGCGCGAGCCUCUCGCCUCUCUCUUUUCCCUCGCUACAUUUUCUUGGGUCGAUCCCGUCAUCUACCGCGGCUACAAGGAGACCCUCGAGAUGAAGAGUGUGUGGAACUUGGUUCCCAAGGAAAAGGCUGCUGCCGUUCUCGCCGAUUACCGAACUCUGAAGAGAACGACGAGCCUGGCGUGGCAUUUGAUUAAGUACUUCAAGGGCGAGCUCCUGGUUCAGUUCGCUCUUGCAUCCUUUGCUGGUGUAUUCACUUUUGCUCCGACGUUGCUGCUCAAGGCUAUCCUGGAGUACGUGGAGCAUCCCGAAGGCGCUCCUAUCAACGUCUUGUGGCUGUACGUGAUCCUCUUGCCCGUCCUGGACAUCGUCAGGUCCUUCGCCGACAACUACGCCUUGUGGAUCGGUCGUAAGAUUUGCAUUCGCAUCCGCGCCAUCAUCAUUGGCGAAAUCUACGGUAAGGCACUGAGACGCAAGGCCUCCGCAGGCAAGGACAAGGAACUCGGUCAGAACAAGCCAAUUGCAAAGCAGGGCUGGUUCGGCAAGCUCAAGGCAAAGCUGGGCUUCAAGAAGGCCAAGGCGGAUGCCGAGGCAGCUGCUAACGGCACCGCCAAGGACCCCGCCAAGGACGAUGAGCAGGCCAACUUGGGUACCAUCAUCAACCUCAUGUCCGUUGACAGCUUCAAGAUUGCCGAAGUCACUGCCUACCUGCACUUCAUCUGCGCAUCCGCCCCGACUCAGCUCAUCAUUGCCAUUAUCCUCCUCUGGGAUGUCAUGGGGCUCAGCGCCAUUCCGGGAUUGGUUGUUAUGGCUCUGCUGCUGCCCAUCAACUACAGCUUUGCCCGAGGCUUUGCCAACACGUCCAAGAAAAUUUUGGGAGCAACCGACAAGCGCAUCAACGUGACCAACGAGGUGUUGCAAAACAUCCGCAUCAUCAAGUACUUUGCGUGGGAAGCCAAGUUUGGCCGCAUUGUGGAUGAGAAGCGUGCCGCUGAGCUGAAGGCUCUCCGAUCCCGUUACAUCAUCUGGUCUUUCGCCGUUGCUGUGUGGAACUCGGUCCCCGUGCUCAUCACCUUCUUCUCCUUCUUGAUGUACACUCUUGUGGAGCACAAGCCUCUCUACCCGUCCGUGGCCUUCACUGCCAUCUCUCUCUUCAUGCUCCUUCGUGUUCCUCUCGAUCAAAUGGGAGACAUGUUUGCUCACGUCCAAGAGACCAAGGUUUCGCUGGAUCGUGUCGAGGAAUUCCUCACUGAGGAGGAGACGGAGAAGUACGAACAGCUCGGAGAGGACAACGUUGACGAGAAUGGCAACAAGGUUAUCGGCUUCCGCAAGGGCAACUUCAUCUGGGGCGGCAAAGACGUCGUUGCCGAAGAUGGCUCGAUGGCUUUCCGGCUUAUGGACAUGGAUGUCGACUUCCGCAUUGGCAAGCUCAACAUCAUCUCCGGACCUACUGGUUCCGGAAAGACGUCCAUGCUGAUGGCCCUGCUUGGUGAAAUGACACUCGUUGAUGGCAAGGUCUAUUGUCCUGGCGGCCGAAGCCGUGAGGAUGUCCGGGCUGAUCCUGAAACUGGCCUUGCUGACACGGUCGCCUACGUUGCCCAGGCCGCAUGGCUUGUAAACGCCAACAUCAAGGAGAACAUCCUCUUUGCUGCGCCGUACGAUGAGAAGAGAUACCGGGACGUCAUCGUCGCUUGUGCCCUGGAACGUGAUCUUGAGAUUCUCGACAAUGGUGAUGAGACUUUGGUUGGCGAGAAGGGUAUCACUUUGUCUGGUGGCCAGAAGCAGCGCAUUUCGCUUGCUCGUGCCGUAUACUCCAACUCCCAGCAUAUCUUCUUGGAUGACUGCUUGAGUGCUGUCGACUCUCACACGGCCCAAUGGAUCUUCAACAACGCCAUCAAGGGUCCUUUGAUGGCUGGCCGAACCUGCAUUCUGGUCACCCACAACCUCCAGCUCUGUGCUCCCUCCUCUCACUACAUCGUUACCCUGGAGAAUGGCAGGAUUGCUGCCCAAGGCCCCUCUGCUGAGCUGAUCGCUUCCGGCAAGCUUGGCGAAGAAAUCCAGAAGGCUGCUGUGAACUCUGCCACGGUAUCCCGAAUCCCGUCCCGAGUCCCGUCUAGUGUUGGCGAAGAUGGCUCAGAAACUGUUGUCAACCCUGGCGAUGAGAGCACUACUGAAGCUCGGACCAAGAAGAACGACAAGAAGAAGGAGCAGAAGGACGCCAUGGAGGAAAAGAAGGCUGAGGGCUCCGUCAAGUGGCCUGUCAUCCAACUCUACCUUUCCUCCAUGGGUGCUUGGUGGUUCUGGGUCGUGGCUCUCACUGUUUUCGGUCUUCAGCAGAUGUCUGGCGUUGCUACUAACUUCUGGGUCCGAGAGUGGGCGAACCAGUACGUCGACGAGGAGGUGGAGCGAAUCGCUUUCUCGACCUCGUCCCACACCUACAGCCAGCAGUCAUUCUCUCCAACCUACCUCGCCUCCAUUGCGAACUACGGCAACCGCAUCGGCUCGACUUUCUCCACCACUGCUGCCGCUGAUGUUGACGUCAAGUACUACCUUACCGUCCUUGCAGCCAUUGGCAUUGCUGGCUCGGCCGCUGCGUUUAUCAGAGAUAUCUGGGUCUUUUAUGGCUCUUUGACUGCCUCUAAGAAGAUCCACAACGACCUGAUCUCCCGCGUUUCCAGAGCCAAGUUCAAAUUCUUCGACGUCACUCCCCUCGGCCAGUUGAUGAACCGCUUCAGCAAGGAUCUCGAGGCAGUGGACCAAGAAGUCGCUCCGAUCGCUAUUGGUGUCUUCGGCUGCGCUCUUGGAAUCUUGGUGACCGUCAUCCUGAUCACCUGGGUUACCCCUGGCUUCUUGGUCGCGGGUGUCUUUAUCACUGCAGCAUACUGGUUCGUCGGUGCCUUUUACCUGCGUGCUUCCAGAGACUUGAAGCGUCUUGAAUCCGUCCAGAGGAGCCCUCUGUUCCAACAGUUUGGCGAGACGCUUUCAGGCAUGACGACCAUUCGAGCUUACGGCGACGAGCGCCGCUUCAUCCGGGAAAACCUGUCCAAGAUCAACGUCCAGGCUCGCCCUUUCAUUUACCUCUGGGCUGCGAACCGUUGGCUUGCCUUCAGAACCGAUGUCCUUGGUGACAUGGUCUCCUUCUUUGCCGGCGUCUUCAUCAUCAUCAGCCUGGGCACGGGCACCGUCGACCCCGGUUCUGCCGGUAUCUCACUCAGCUACGCCAUUGGCUUCACCGAAAACGUUUUGUGGCUCAUUCGCCUGUACGCCAUCAACGAGCAAAACAUGAACUCCGUGGAGCGUAUCAAGGAAUAUUUGGACGUUGAGCAGGAGGCCGAGCCGAUCGUCGAGAAGAACCGCCCUCCCAAGAACUGGCCUAGCCAGGGUUCGGUCGAGUUCAUCAACUACUCCACCCGCUACCGCGCCGACCUCGAACCUGUCCUGCGAAACCUCAGCUUCAAGAUUAACCCCAAGGAGAAGGUCGGCAUUGUCGGCAGAACAGGCGCUGGCAAGAGUUCUUUGGCUCUAGCCAUCUUCCGCGCUCUCGAAGCCGAUGAGGGCAAGAUUCUCAUCGAUGACAUCGACGUUGGCUUGAUUGGACUUCGUGACCUGCGCGAGGCCAUCACUAUUGUUCCCCAGGACCCUACGCUCUUCAUGGGCACCAUCCGUUCCAACUUGGACCCCUUCGACGCAUACACCGAUGAGCAGAUUUUCGAGGCUCUUCGCAAGGUGCAGCUCAUCGGCCCCAACGAGUCGACUUCCAGGCCAACUACCAGACCGACAACGCCAUCGGCCGGCGCGAUGCUGCCAGCCACGCCCAACCUCGGACUUAUCCAGGGAGACGCUAACCCGAGCCCUGGCUCCUCGAUUGCGCCGACCAACAAGAACGUUUUCCUUAACCUCUCAUCGACCGUCUCAGAGUCUGGCUCCAACCUAUCCCAGGGCCAGCGCCAGCUUCUCUGCCUUGCUCGCGCUCUUCUGAAGCGACCUAACGUGCUUGUCAUGGACGAAGCCACCGCAUCGAUUGACUACGCCACUGACACCAAGAUCCAAGAGACCAUCCGCGAGCUUACCAGCACCAUCAUCACAAUUGCCCAUCGCCUGCAGACCAUUGUAGAUUACGAUAAGGUUCUUGUCCUGGACAAGGGCGCUGUCGUUGAGUAUGGUCAUCCGUACGAGUUGAUCCGCAAAGAAAAUGGCAGCUUCCGAAGCAUGUGCGAUAUGAGCGGAGAGUACCCUCUGUUGCUCAAGGCUGCCAAGAAGAAGUGGGAUUCUGGAAGACUGGUCGAUGUUGACGAUGACGAGGAGAUCGCCAAGGACGAUGGCAAGACCAAGGCUGUCGAGGACGAGGCUAAGAAGGUCACCGAGGAAGCAAAGAAGCAAGCCAACGCAGAUGCCAAGAAGGCCGAGGCCGAAGCUGAAGCACGGAAGAGAGCAGAGGAAGAUGCCAAGAAGGCCAGACAAGCCGAAGAGGAGGCUAAGAAGGCCGAGGAGGAAGCGAAGAAGAAGACUGAAGAAGACAAAAAGAAAGCUGCCGAGGAGCAGGCAAAGAAGGCUGCUGAGGAGGAGGCGAAAAAGCGAGCCGAAGAAGCGAAGAAGGCCGAGGAAGAGGCCAAGAAGGCGGGCGGCGGAUAG